CUGGCCACGCCCCCCCGGCCACGCCCCCCCGGAGCGCGGGAGCGCGCGCACCCCGCAGUCCGCAGCACCAUGCGCCUCUCGGCCCUGCUGAGCGCGGCACGGCCGCGGUUGCCCCCGGGCUACCGGCACGGCACGUGGCCCCCCGACUCCACGGCCGCCCGGCUCCGCAACCCCCCGGGGCAGCGCCGCCGCAAGGUCUUCGUGGAGCCCAUCGCCAAGGACGACUGGAAGGUGUUUAAGGGUGACACGGUCCAGGUGCUGGCCGGGAAGGACGCGGGGAAGCAGGGCACGGUCAGCCAGGUGGUGCAAGCCCGCAACUGGGUGGUGGUGGAAGGGCUGAACACGCACUGCCGCUACGUCAACCGCACAGCCAAGUACUCGGGGACCUACAUCGCCAGCGAGGCGCCGCUGCUGCUCAGCCAGAUCUGCCUGGUGGACCCCGAGGACAGGAGGCCCACGGAGGUGGAGUGGAGGUUCACGGAGGAGGGCGAGCGCGUCCGCGUGUCGCUGCGCAGCGGCCGCAUCCUGCCCGUGCCCCCGCAGCCGCGCCGGGACGGCGUCGUCCCCGAGCAGUGGAUCGAUGGCCCCAAGGACACGGCGAAGGAGGACGCGCUGGCCAGGACGUACCGGCCGUCGCUGAAGACCUUCGAGGAGGAGAUCAUGGAUGCCAUGGGGAUCGUGGAGACGCGCCGGGCCAAGAAAUCCUACUGGUAUUAACUGGGGGAGCUGGAAGCCCCCCCCCCGGGGUCGGGCUCUGCAAUAAACCCCCCCUGGAUUUUC